AAGUGGUUCUGGACCAGAGAGCACAGUUGUAAUCUGAAGAACUUUCGAAAGUCACCCUGUCCAAGACUGCACACCCUCCCCCCCAAGACAGCGAGGAAGAAGGAAAGCAGUUGAAAUGCUGGUCAGGAAAACAAGACUUGGCUGCCUGGAGCUUUGUUACUGAGUUCUUGCUCCUGUGAAGGCCUCUGGAGAGCUGGGCUCAUUUGGAACCGGGCUGCUAUGUUUGACAGACGCCUCAUGUCUCCUCAAACUAAGUGCCUUCUUCCUGGGGGUUCGGCAGACUCCUACACCAGCCGUCCGUCCGAUUCAGAUGUUUCUUUGGAGGAAGAUCGGGAGACGGUGCGCAGAGAAGCACGACGACAGGCCCAGGCCCAGCUGGAGAAAGCAAAGACAAAGCCCGUUGCAUUUGCAGUCCGGACAAAUGUCAGCUACAGUGCAGCCCAUGAAGACGACGUCCCGGUGCCAGGCAUGGCCAUCUCAUUCGAAGCAAAAGAUUUUCUGCAUGUUAAGGAAAAAUUUAACAAUGACUGGUGGAUAGGGCGAUUGGUUAAAGAAGGCUGUGAAAUCGGAUUCAUUCCAAGCCCAGUCAAGCUAGAAAAUAUGAGGCUACAGCAUGAACAGAGAGCCAAGCAAGGGAAAUUCUACUCCAGUAAAUCAGGAGGAAAUUCAUCAUCCAGUUUGGGUGACAUAGUACCUAGUUCCAGAAAAUCUACACCUCCAUCAUCUGCUAUAGACAUAGAUGCAACUGGCUUAGAUGCAGAAGACAAUGAUAUUCCAGCAAACCACCGCUCCCCUAAACCCAGUGCAAACAGUGUAACGUCACCCCACUCCAAAGAGAAAAGAAUGCCCUUCUUUAAGAAGACAGAGCACACCUCUCCUUAUGACGUGGUCCCUUCUAUGCGACCUGUGGUCCUGGUGGGCCCCUCUCUGAAGGGGUACGAGGUCACAGAUAUGAUGCAAAAAGCAUUGUUCGAUUUUUUAAAACACAGAUUCGAAGGGCGGAUUUCCAUCACAAGGGUCACCGCUGACAUCUCACUGGCCAAACGCUCUGUCUUGAACAAUCCCAGUAAACACGCCAUAAUAGAAAGAUCCAACACAAGGUCAAGCUUAGCAGAAGUUCAGAGUGAAAUUGAAAGGAUUUUUGAACUUGCAAGAACACUGCAACUGGUGGUCCUUGAUGCAGAUACUAUCAAUCAUCCAGCACAACUUAGUAAAACCUCUCUGGCCCCUAUUAUAGUGUAUGUCAAGAUUUCUUCUCCUAAGGUUUUACAAAGGUUAAUAAAAUCUCGAGGGAAAUCUCAAGCUAAACACCUCAAUGUUCAGAUGGUAGCAGCAGAUAAGCUGGCUCAGUGCCCUCCGGAGCUGUUCGAUGUGAUUCUGGACGAGAACCAGCUCGAGGACGCCUGUGAGCACCUUGCCGACUACCUGGAGGCCUACUGGAAGGCCACCCACCCUGGCAGCAGCAGCCUCCCCAACCCCCUCCUCAGCCGCACCUUGGCCACCUCGACCCUGCCCAUCAGCCCCGCUCUGGUCCCCAGCUCACAGGGUUCUCGAGGGGAUCCGAGGACCGAUCGCACGGCUGCCGCCCGUCCUGCCUCCCAAGCUGAAGAAGAACCCUGCCCAGACCCGGUCAAGAAACCCCAGCACCACAGCCAUCGCAGCGGGGCCAGCCGAGGCCUCUCCAGGCAGGAGACCUUGGAUUCAGAAACGCAGGAGAGUCGCGACUCCGCAUACGCGGAGCCCAAGGAAGAUUAUUCCCACGAACACGCAGACCACUGUGCCCCGCACCGAGAUCACAGCCACCGAGAGGAACCCCACGGGGGCGGGGAGCGCAGGCACAGGGAGUCCCGGCACCGCUCGCGGGACCCGGAUCGAGAGCAGGACCACAACGAGGGCGACAAACAGUGGAGCCGCCACAAAUCCAAGGAUCGCUACUGUGACAGGGAGGGGGAAGGGGUGUCCAGGAGACGGCACGAGGCUGGGGACUGGAACAGGGAGGUUUACAUCCGCCAGUGACUUUCGCCCUUUUGUGUCGUUGGUUUUUUAAGUAGAUCAAGUCUUGUAUACCACCACCCUCCAACUCAAUCUUGGGGGUCUACAUUGCAAUCAUAUGUGAUCUGUCUUGUAUAUUUUGUACUGCUGUUGCUUGGAUAGCAACAGCAUGAAAUAGAGAAUAUACUUUUUUUUUUUCCUUUUGUAAGUAAGUGCUAUAUAAAUUCGCCUGGAAAGGCUGCAGUCCUCUGGUUGUCUACUGGACUUUGAAAACUGUCUAGGAUCGCUGCCACUUGAACAAUAUCGUCUGUUGCCAUCCAGGUGGCAUCAGGGUUAUAAGAAGCAUAGCUGAUGUUUUCGAAAAUGUGGUUGAUGUAUCCAGCGGGCCAGAAUCAAUCGGCCCACAUAAAACGUGGAAUUUCUUGAUUCUCCCGAUUUUGAAAUAUGUAGGCACCUGAUUUGCAUAUUCAUCCAUGGACCACUGUUUCUUGCUUGUACCUCUGGCUGACUGACUAAAUUUGGGGACAGAUUGUCUUGCCUUACACAAAGGGGAUCAAAGUCAGAAUCUAUUUUCUAUGUACUAGUAUUGUGUACUGUAUAGACAGUUUGUAAAUGUUAUUUCUGCAAACACCUUCUUAUGAUAAUUAUAUAUAAUAUAUAUAUAUAUAUAUAUAUAUCAAUCAAUCAGUUUGAUCACACUAUUUUAGAGUCUUAAUGCCAAGCCAGCAGAUUUGCUUUCUGAAUUACAGGGACUAGAAAUGCCCACCUUCAGGAAAUUUGUAAUAACGUCGUCUAGACACCUGUUCCCGUUCUAGUAGAGAGUCUGUACAUACUGUAAAUACGUGUGACCGCCUGACUUGAAAAGGUUUGAUUUCUGAAUGUUUCACCAUCCCUGUACGUUAAUCAUUGUGACCAUAAAUUCUGGGAAAUAUAACCAAACUCCAAGGGUUGCUCCGCUCCGUGCAGUUCACACUGAUGAGUGUGACAGCCUCAUCCUGCAUAGCCAGUGUCUCAGGUCACGGCACUGUGGGCUGGGAGCCGCGUGCGCACGAGCCAGUGACGGGCGUGCACGCUGACGACUGCGGCAGCCAGCCCGGGGCCGAGCCGUCAGGGCCCAGGAGGGCGCUCACCGCCAGAGGGGACGCCCUGGAGAGCUGCCCCCCGCUGGCUCCUGGAGAGGGACCGUACGGGCCACUCUGACUGAGUGUUUCACUGGAAAUGUCCGACGACCUCUCGUCUGAGGGAGAAGCGUUUACACAGUUGCUCCCGACUCCCCCAUCUCCUCACC